AACUGAACUGCACGACUAUCAGGCCUCUUUCCACACACACUCUUUGACCGCGAAAUCUCGGCACCUCACCAUCAAGCGCUGCCAAUUUCUUCUUUUUCUUGGAUAAUCUUGUGAUAACUUAUCAACAUGCGGGGUAUCUUUGCUGCGACCGCUUUGCUCGCCGGCGUGCAAGCGGCAGUCGAUCCCAUCGUUAUCAAGGGCUCCAAGUUCUUCUACAAGGGCAACGGCACUCAAUUUUUCAUGAAGGGUGUCGCAUACCAACAGGAGGUCAACACGAACAGCUCACAGACCGACACCGAUAAGCUCGACAUUACGGACCCUCUUGCAGACAGCACAGCAUGCAAGCGCGAUAUCGUAUACCUCAAGAAGCUCCAGACAAACACCAUCCGCGUGUACGCUAUUGAUCCAUCCAAGGACCACAGUGACUGCAUGACGGCGUUUGCCGAUGCGGGCAUCUAUGUCGUGGCCGAUUUGUCCGAGCCAGGACUUUCGAUCAACCGAGACGACCCAGGAUGGACCACCGAGCUCUACGAGCGCUACACCAACGUCGUCGAUGAGAUGAUGAAGUACGACAACACACUCGGUUUCUUCGCAGGUAACGAGGUGUCCAACCAGCCAAACAACACACAGGCCAGCGCUUUCGUCAAGGCGGCUGUGCGUGACACAAAGGCCUAUAUCAAGAGCAAAAACUACCGCGAGAUUGGUGUCGGAUAUGCCACCAACGACGAUGCUGGUAUCCGUGAGAACCUCGCCAACUACUUCGACUGUGGAAAUUCGACGGAUUCUAUCGACUUCUGGGGUUACAACAUCUACUCCUGGUGCGGUGAUUCUUCGUACACUGAAUCUGGUUUUGACGUCCGUACCAAGGAGUUUGAGAAGUACAAUGUUCCUGUCUUCUUUGCUGAGUACGGCUGCAACACGCCCCGUCCUCGCAAAUUCACUGAGGUCGGCGCUUUGUACGGAAGCAAGAUGACUGAUAUCUGGUCUGGCGGUAUUGUCUACAUGUACUUCGAGGAAGCCAACGAAUAUGGUCUUGCCACUGUCUCCAACGGCAAGGUUACAACUAACAAGGACUUCGACAACUUGUCCAGCCAGAUCGCCAAGGCCACUCCUAGCGGCGUCAAGAUGAGCGAUUACAACCCGACCAACACCGCCGCUGCUGCAUGCCCCAAGGUCACGCAAGGUACAUGGGAGGCGGAAUCGUCUUCCCUGCCUCCCGUUGCCAACUCGCAGCUCUGCAGCUGCAUGAUGGACAGCCUCUCCUGCACUGUCGCUGACAAGGCCACCGAGGACGACUACAGUGACAUGUUCGGCUAUGUCUGCGGCCUGAAGAGUGGCAAGUACUGCGCUGGCAUCAACAAGAACGCAACCUCUGGUCCUUACGGUUCUUACAGCAUGUGCUCCAGCAAGGAGCAGCUUUCCUUUGUCCUCAACACAUACGCCGAUGCUGUCAGCGGUGGCUGUGCUUUCAAGGGCAAGGCUACCACCAAGGCUGCUGCUUCGGCCACUGCCUCAGGCUGCUCGAAACUGAUUGAGGCUGUCGGCGCCGCCGGAACUGGUGUUGUUAGCUCCACCGGUGAGGCCUCGAGCUCUGGCUCUGGCUCCAGCUCUGCGGGUGCUGCUGCAGGUCUCUCUGUUCCUCAGCUCAACUUCCGCUUUUUGGGCCUUGGCAUGUAUGUCACCGGCGCUGUGGCAGCCGGAAUGGCAAUGAUCUUGUUGUAGAUACGUGUUAAUCAGUCAUGGUGACAUGACGACGUGUGGCGGUCUUUCCUAUGUUUGAAUUCCCUCUACCAUAGAUGACAAAAGGGGAAAG